GAGCAUUGGAAUUGCUGUCUCUAACUACGAGAGAGGAUCGAUGCAAUGCACUAUGCACGAAGAUAGCUUCGCGAGGCCACCAAUUCCCAGAGGAUAUCUGACAGGAAGUGAAUAGGCACAGUUGACCAGGGGAUGGAAAACCAAGGGGCCCGUGACGUCAAGCUAGGUCAUGGGUCGUUGCAAGUUCCAAGUUUUUUUUUUUGUCUUCUGGAUUUCGUCUCUACCUUCUGGAUGGAUUAUUACGAGAAUAUAACGAAGCUCGGAGAACUCUGCAAAUUCUGUAUUCGUGCGCAAAAUCCCGUUUGGCGGUUCUGACUUCGGUCAAAAAACAGCCCGAGACUUUUUAAACUAAACUCUGGGCUUCCUCCCGACGCCGCAACUCAAGAAGAUCCCCAAAGAUGGCCGAUUCAAAUCACUACGAAAACGACGAAGUCCAAUCCGAGCACGAGUCCGAUAUUGAGCAGCCAGAGCUUGAACAACAACCACAGGAGAAGCCUCGGCCGCCAGCGAGGCCGGGAAAUAAACCCGAGUCUGGGCGAAAGCAGGCACAAAACAAUAGCUUCCCAACCCGCCAAAAGCAGCCCGUCGUCCAGCAGCAACCGGCCCAACCAUAUCAUUAUUACCACAACCUCCCUCCGAGAGCCGAGGGUUACAGACCUCCUGUGAUCCGUGAAUCACGGAUCAAGGACCGACCAUACUCCAAAGAGGCACGCGAUAGCAGCAUGAGCGUAAGAAUUGAGCUCGAUCUGGAAGUGGAAGUUGAUCUGUAUGCGCGGGUCAAGGGUGACGUUACGAUCGGAUUGAUGUAAAACGGAUACCGCCUAAAGCCCAAAGAGAAUUUGCUUGAUAUUCGAUCCCCCACUUUCUACGUUGUUUUUUGUCUCCUUG